CAGUAACGCCAUGAGCUUUCUGUCGGAGAAGGCACUCUUCUUUUGGGACUGGCGAUGGUUGACGACGGCCCUUGUUUUCCUGCUCUCCUAUCUCGUGGUGCGGUUCUAUCACAAGGUGUCCAAGUACCCGAAAGGCCCAUUCCCGCUGCCCGUUGUCGGAAAUCUUCUGGAACUCAGGAACACCAAAGAGCUUUACAAGGCUGCCAACAACUGGUCUCAGAAAUUCGGAGACCCAAUCACUCUGUGGAUGGGUGAGAAGCCAAUGGUUGUGCUCAACACACACAAACUUGUGAAGGAAGCGUUCAUUGAGAGGAGACACGAGUUUGCUGGACGUUUUUCUACCAAAAUGGCGGAACUCCAGAGACAAGGAAACCACAACAUUAUGUUUGAGGACUAUAAUUCAACCUGGAAAACCCUGCGAAAGUUGGCACUCACCGCCGUCAGGAAGUACGCCGUCAGUGACUCGUUGGAGAACCUUUGCUGCGAGGUCGUGGAUGCCUUCGUGGAUUCUUUGAAGGUGGGACCCAAUGUAGUGGAUUCGAAGACUCCUUUUGAGUACAUGCUCUACAACAUAAUCGGCUUAUCUGUUUACGGAGCAAAGUUUGAGAAAGAAAGCCCAGAAUUGACCAAGCUGCAGGCCAGUAAGAAAAGAUUCCUCGAAAUAGCACCAAAUGGACUGCCAAGUGACAUCGUGCCGUGGUUGGGUCUGUUUUACCGCGGGCGUGAAAAGAAGGUCAAAAUCCUUUUCAAGGAUUUUAUCGAUGUACUUGAUGGCCUGUACAAACGAGCUGCAAAAUCCUACGUCCCCGGCAAAAUCGAAAACUUCACGCACUCCAUGUUGGCAGCGAGAGACGAAGCCAUUGAGCAAGAAAAGAAUGACGCUCAGUACCUCACCGAAGCCAACAUGGUCCAGAUCAUUAUGGACAUCUUCGGAGCUGCAACGGAUACUUCAUUGGGAGAGCUACAGUGGUUAUGUCUGACGAUGACCAGAAAGCCAGAGAUACAGGAAAGAAUAAAGGAAGAAAUAGAAAGAAACUUGGGGCAAGCUCGACCCGGAAUGCAAGACAGAGGAAAGCUGCCCUACACAGUGGCCUGCCUCUUGGAGACCCUGCGCAUGUACCCCAUCGUUCCCCUAGGCCUCCCGCAUAACACGACAUGCAACACAGAAGUUGGCGGACAGUUCAUUCCCAUGGACACUGGCAUCUUUUACAACAUCUACGCCAUGAACCGUGAUCCCCAGCUGUGGGCAGAGCCCGAGGUCUUCAGGCCGGAAAGAUUCCUGGACCCUGUCACGGGCAAGGUGAACCAGGAACUUCUGCCCCAGCUGAUGUCUUUCGGUCUGGGUCCCAGGACGUGUCCAGGAGAAAAACUGGCACAUGUGGACAUGUUCUACGUCCUGGUGCGCUUUAUGCAGCGCGUGAGCUGCAGUGCACCGGCGGGGAAAUCAGGCUCUGCAAUAGCGGCAGUUAAUUCCAACCUUUUCUUGUGUCCAGCAGAACAAGACAUUGUUUUGACUAGAGUGUACUGA